AACUGUAAACUGCGAUGAGUUGGUAGCAGUUUUAUUUUUACGCAACCUUUGACCAUUUUGUCCAUUUCAGACCGAUUUUGACUGACAUUGCGUCUUCGAGACACAGACGUGCAUUUUGCCCGGCACAAUUUGGGCAUAUCAAAUACAAUGGCAUUUGACUUUGGUUUCCAAAACUUUGGUCAGGAUGAAGAGGAGGAAGAAUUAGAGGCAGAGUGGCAAGGCCAGAACCUUAGAGACGGCCUCAUUCUGCUGGUGGACUGCUCAGAGAGGAUGUUUGAGGUGGAGAAUGAGGAGGAAGACGAAAGUCUCUUCCAGCUUUGCAUCAAGUGCUGCAAAACAACUCUACAGAAUAAAAUCAUCAGCAGUGAGAAGGAUCUUGUGGGAAUUGUUUUAUUUGGAACAGAGAAGUCAAAGAACGCAAAUGAGUUCAAACACAUUUAUGUUUAUCAGGAGCUAGACCAGCCUGGGGCCCCCAGAAUCCUGGAGCUGGAGGACAUGUGUGAGGAAAAAUUUAAGACAUUCACAGUUGAUUAUGGUCACAGCCUUACCUUCUCUCUCAACGAAGUCCUGUGGACCUGUCAGAACAUGUUUGCUAACAGCCCCCAGAAAGUGAACUCCAAGAGAAUCCUUCUCUUCACGUGUAAUGAUGAUCCUCAUGCUGGGAAUCAGCAGCUACAGCGACAAGCCAAGACAAAAGCCAGUGAUCUGAAAGAGACAGGUAUCGAGCUGGAGUUAAUGCAUCUGCAGUUGCCAGGAGACAAAUUUGACGUUUCUAAGUUCUACAAGGACCUGCUGUACAUGGACGAUGAUGAGGCCACAGACCUGGCUGACCCAGCAGAAAAGAUAGAGGAACUUCUCAGCAGAGUGCGUUCAAAGGACCAUAAGAAGCGUGCCCUACGGCACAUCUCCCUGAGCCUUGGAGAGGGACUCGACAUAGGAAUUGGAGUAUACAACCUUGUAAGACCAUGCACCAAGCCAUACCCUGUCAAACUGGAUAAGAAAACCAACGAGGAAUUGACAAGUCACACCAAGUCAUACUUAAAGGAGACUGGUGAGGUUUUACUGAGUCAGGACUUGAAGAAAUGUCAAUCGUAUGGGGACAAGAAAAUAUUUUUUGAAAAGGAAGAGGUGGACCUGAUGAAACGCUUUGAUGCUUCAGGUUUGUAUCUCAUGGGUUUCAAGCCACAGAAAUCCCUGAAGAUCUCAUACAAAGUGAAACCAGCAUCCUUUAUAUACCCUGAUGAACAAUCCAUUAAGGGCAGUACAACCCUGUUCACGGCUCUCCUCAAGAAGUGCUUUGACCGUGACAUGUUGCCCAUUUGCAAGUACAUCCCGGGCAAAAGCAGUCCUCCUAGAUUUGUAGCCCUCCUGCCACAGGAUGAAGAACUAGAUGAGCACAAAGUCCAGAUCAGACCUCCUGGUUUCCACGUGAUAUUCCUGCCCUAUGCAGAUGAUUUCAGGAAAGUGAAACCAGAACAAAUGCCAAAAGCCAAUGGGGAGCAGAUAGACGCUGCCAAAGAGCUCCUAAAGAAGCUUCAGUUCACGUACACGUCUGAGAGCUUUGAGAACCCAGUGCUGCAGAAACACUGGCGUAACAUCGAGGCCCUGGCUCUGGAUAGAGACGCCCCUGAGGAGAUGACUGACUACACACUACCAGAUGAGGACAAAAUCCGCAAGAGGGCUGGUGAAGCUAUUACGUGUUUUAGAGACCUUGUAUUCCCUAGCGACUACAACCCGGGAGCAAAGCGGAAAGCUGGGGGACCAGCGGGAGACCCUGCAGCAAAGAAGGCAAAGGCAGAGCAGACCGCAGCAGGACUCGAUCUCAAGACUGAGGCAGAGGCAGGCAGGCUGGGUAAGUUGACUGUGGCCAUCCUAAAGGAGAAGAUUAAGCAGGAAAACAUCCCGUGCACCGGUACAAAGAAGGCCGAUCUUAUUGACGCCAUCAGUGCCCAUUACAACAUCGGCAUGUAGUGGCUGAGUGGGAUAUACUGUGUUAACUGUUGGAAGUAAAACUGUGUCAUAUUCAUAUAAAUUAUUUUGUGUCAUGGUCAACCCUCAAAUGUUAAGUGAAUGUGUCGAUUGUUUGGCAGCAGUUUGUACUGUUAAUGUGAUUAUGGAGGCCACCAGCCUUGAUUGAUGUUAUUUACUGAAUGUUAUUGAUAUCAUAUACUUUUCUGAUAAAAGAAGAGUGUUCAUUUGAUAGAUAAAGGCAAUGCUAAAAUUUGUAUUAAGAUACAAAAGUGACAUCAGCAUUUUUGUGUAAACAGCAUUGUAUAUUUGAAAUAGAAAAUAAUCAAGAAAUAAAGGGCUGUUUGUGCACUGUGAUGUUCUGUUCUACAAAUGACAUAUUUCUUCCAUUAGGAAAUAUAACUUUUAAUUGUCUUGAAUACAAACACAAAAAUGUCCAUAUUGUUUUUAUGCCCCCGGUAGGGUAGCAUAUAGCAGUUGAACUGUCAGUCCGUCUGUCAGUCAGUCUGUGAGUCCGUCCGAAAACUUUUACAUUGGCCAUAACUUAUGCAAUAUUGAAGAUAGCAACUUGAUAUUUGGUAUGCAUGUGGUUCUCAUGGAGCUGCACAUUUUGAGUGUUGAAAGGUCAUGGUCAUCCUUCAAGGUCAAAGGUCAAAAAACAAAAUCCCAAGGGAAGUAACAAGCUUUAGAGGGAGAUUAUUUAUAUUUUAUAUCAUUUGGCAGGUACAGACCAUUUUCACAAUGAAAGUAAUUUUGUGUAAGGGAUAUAAUUUAAAAAAAUAAUUAAUUCAAAGCGGUGCAAUAGGGGGUAUUGUGUUUCUGACAAACACAUCUCUUGGUUUAGACAUAGUUUUCAUGAAAACUGGUUAACAAUCAUACAAGUAGAAAUAAAUUUAGAAAGCAAAUUCAACAGGUUGUUUUUUUAUACAAUAAUGAUAGAUGGCCGACAAUCAGUGGAAAUAUUUUUAUUGAGUACUUGAAUAAUAUUGAUGUGUUUUGAAUGUGCCACUGCAAAUCAUACUCUUUAGGCCAUGGUUCAAGGUCAUCACAAGAAAUCUAAUGCAAAAUCUCGGUCUAUUUAUGUGUAAGUGAUUUAACUUUGUGUGGAUUUAGCAACUAAAUGACAUGCAGGAUGCAAGAAUCGGUCUUAUGCCAUAUGUAGCCUUAAAAGCUCCAGACCAGCCUGCACAUUAAGCAGAAAAUAACUUUAAAAAAAAACACCACAAGACCCAUUUGUUUGUAACAUCUAAUGAUGGUCAAAUCAUGAAUAUGGAUGCAAGACUGGCCACUCCACAAAAAUUGCAUGGUAAAUAACAUUCUGGCAAAGAAGCAUUUCUUUUGGCUCACUUGAGCACAACAUGCUCAUGGUGAGCGUUUGGGAUCCUCUUUUGUCUUUCAUGCUUUGUCGUCAACAUUUUGCCUUAUUGAAACUCUAGAGGCCACAUUUGUUAUCUGAUCUUCAUAAAACUUGGUCCAAAGAUUUGUCCCAAUGAUACCAUGGUCGAGUUGCAAACUGGGUCAAGUGAGGUAAAAGAACUAGAUCAAAUUACAGAAAAAGCUUGUGAACACUCUAGAUUUGUUGUCCAAUAUUCAUAAAACUUGGUCAUAAGAUUUGUUUUAAUGAUGUCUCAGCUGAGUUCCAAAAUGGUUCUGGUUCAUUGCAAAAACAUGGCCACCAAUUUGACUUGCAUGCCUAUAGUAAAACUUUGUUAACAACUAGAAGUCACAUUUAUGGUCCAAUCUCCAUGUUACUUGGUCAUAACAUUUGUUCUUAUGAUAGCCCGGCUGAGAUGGAAAUGGUUUCGGUAUGUUGAAAAACAUGGCCGCCAGGGUGUGGGGCUGUUUUCAUUAAAUGGCUAUUAUAAAAUGUUGUUUACACUUUGGGAGUCACAUUUAUAUUCCAAUCUUCAUGAAACUCAGAAACAUGAAAUCUUCAUGAAACAUAAAAGUUAUCAUAUGUUUUCUCUAGUUGUAAUGAGGAUGUUGGUGCAUAAUGAUAAGGAUGAGGAUGUGGGUGCACAAUCAGAAUGAUGAUGAUAAUGGUGAUAAUGAUGACAGAUUUUGUGCAUUUAAAUUACAAAUUAUUUGACAGUUGUUUUAAUAUGAUACAUUUUCAAAUUU